CCAAAACUCACCUGUUCCCGGCACCUCCCGACACGCCUCCCUGGCCAGUCUCACCCCCAGUUUGAUGAGAUUCACGGCUCUCUCCGUGGUCAGCUGUAGGUACUUCCGGAAACCUUCCACUGUAGCCUGAUAGUGGGAACCCCCUAUCAUCUGACCGGAAACUUGGAAUCGAAAGACACGUAGCUUUUGACAUCAUAUCCGCUGAGGAACGAAUUUGUAAACAUUCCAUGUUGGAAGAUUGUGUGUAUUACAUCAGAUAAGAGUGGAAGUUGAUGACUCAGAUGUGGACUUGGAGUCUUCAUGGGUAGAAAAGUUUACCGUAGAUGGAAAGCCUUCGCUUGGUUUUUUGUGUCAUCUCUUGGAGCGCUGUUUUACUCAAUAAAAUGUAGCAAUGCAACAAGUGAUUCCGUCUAUAGUUCAAAACAAGACCAUGUUCCUGGCGACCAACAUCAUAGCUUUGUAACCAGUUCCAACAACGGGGCAUGCAAACCUAAAAUUACCUCUCAAAAAUUCCUGGUUCUGGUCAGCACUCUGGAUGGCAAGCUGUCUGCAUUGGAUGCACUGGACCAUGGCCGACUUCACUGGUCCGUAUCCACUGACCCUCGACCUCUUUUGUCUUCAAGCAUCAGCAACUUAGAGAUAAACCAGAACGGUGUCAGGAAGAAGCUGAUUCCUUCCUUGGACGGAACUCUGUAUCAGUACGACGGGGACAGCAUUGAGGCCAUUCCUAUGACUGCGGACGCUCUGCUCAGUUCAUCCUUCAAGAUCUCCGAUAGGACCAUGAUGGUGGGGGGCAAGGACAUCACUUCAUUUGGAAUUGAUCCAAAGACUGGAAAGCUGGGGUAUUUCUGCACGGCUGAAGGGUGUAAGAUUCUGGAGGGGGAGGACCCUCACCGAGACAUGCUGGUGGUCACCAAGAGCAUGCAGACGGUCCGAUCCGUGGACCCCCGCACAGGACUGGAAAAAUGGAACUUCAGUGUUGGAAAUCAUCAGAUAGAGAUGCUGCCGGGAGACAAAAAACCGCAUGAAGCCAAACCUCACGAGGAUGAAGAUGUUUGUAGUCAAACAUGUCCAAAUGAAGAGAUGCCUGAAGCUUUGGACACAGAAGACUCUAUAAAGAUCAUUGUUCCUGAAGGAAUGGUAGUGGCUCUAAAUCCAGACCAUCCGGAUGUAGUCGAUUGGAAACACAAGUUUGAGAGUCCAGUGGCCAAAGCCUGGAUACUUCGGAAUGGUGUGCUGAAGACUAUCAGUGUCUUUGACAACAAGCACAUUCCAGCCCUGCCAGGGGUGGACACAAUAAAGGACCCGGCGACCAGCCAGCCCCUCCUCUAUGUUGGUAAACAUCUGAACCAGUUUUACGUCCAGGCGUCCAUUCCUAUGCAGGAAACGGUGGCUAAGGCAGCACAGCAUUCCAAUGGAAACCAUCUCACUGUGCCAAGGGUGAGCUGGCGACCCCUGCUGAACACUGCUCCCUCAAGAACACCCAUAUUCCGUGGAAAUCGUAGAGAUCCUGGCGGUUUGCCCAUGAUCACAAAUGGAGGAAAACAAGACAAAGAAACUGGGCUCACAGUCUGGAAUGAACAUUACCCAUUUGAUAAUGGCUAUUACUUGUAUCCGGAUGUGAGUCUUCCCGCCAAUAUUUGUGAUGCACAGAAUGAAACAACUGACAGCAUGCCUAAUGUUAUAUACAUGUCACUCUGGAAUUACUGGAAAGAAGUUUUGGCCAUCAGCAUCUUGAUGUCAGUUUUUAUGAAUCUGACCAUCAGCAAAUUACGGAAAAUAUACAGAAAGAAACACAUGUGUAAUGAAAAAGAGGCCAGUAUUGAUAGUCUGAGGUCCUUGUCAAGUGAUAAACUGGACGCAAUGGACAAAAAGUCUGAUCUGUACGACUCAAGGUAUAAGACAGACUUUGAACAGCUUCAAGUGUUAGGUAAAGGAGGAUUUGGAAUCGUGUUUGAGGCCAGAAACAAUGUGGAUGAAUGUUGUUAUGCUAUCAAGCGGAUUACACUACCCAUCAAUGAGAAGUCUAGAGAUAAAAUGAAGAGAGAAGUCCGUGCAUUGGCCAAGCUUGACCACCCUGGCAUUGUACGAUAUUUUCAGGCGUGGGAGGAAUCGCCCCCAGCUGGAUGGCAGGAGAGCAGGGACCAAGAGAUGUUUGACAGUGAAUGCACAAGCAUUCCAACGCCUUGCAAUUCCACAACCCAGUUUGUGGUACACGAUUCCCCUAAGGUCAACAGUCACAUCGACUUGAAUAUAAACGAGAGUGUGCCACUCAAUGCCAAUAACCUGUUUGGCGGGGGUAUCAGUAACGAUGCUCGUUAUGUAAUUAAUUACAACGAACGAGCCGGAGGGAGCGAGGAAUUCAGUGUGACCGAAGCCGGCCUCUCGGUUAGUAAGAGUGAGAGUGGAAACCUCAUGUUUGGACAGAUGAUCGAGGAGGAUUCCUGUUCGUUGGACGUAGAGUUUCGGCUAGAUGACAGCGACGACAGUGGUAGUUUUUCCAACAAUAUAGUACCUUUUUCAAAUUUGACACAUUCCUCUGGAGACACUGUGGACAAUUCUUUCAGUAUUGUGUUUGAAGACUCAGGUUGUGCUGAUAAAAGUGAGAAGAGUACUACUAGCAGUGGUGGAGUGGUUUUUCAUGACGACAGUAACCAUAGUAAUAACAAACAUGUCAUAGACACUCCUAGUUCUAGUCAAUUGAACAGUACCAACAGUAGUCGCCCAAAACCAUUGUCGGAGCAGAGGUCCCAUUCGGCCAGAAAGCUGGACUCGUCUUCCCCGACUCCCGUACAGAAGUCGUAUCUUUACAUUCAGAUGCAGCUGUGUCGCCGGGAGACGCUGAAGGAUUGGCUGUGUGCCAGCACCAAUGAGCAUCGGAGCUCGGAGGAAAUCUGGGACAUGUUUGGUCAGAUUGUCAGCGCAGUGGAGUAUGUCCACGAUAGCGGACUGAUGCAUAGAGACCUCAAGCCUUCCAAUAUUUUUUUCUCGUACGACGGAGUGAUAAAGAUCGGAGACUUUGGGCUGGUCACCGACCUCACUCAGGAGGAGGUGGAGGAGUGCUCCAACGACUUCAACCCAUUCCGCAAACACACCGCCCAAGUGGGGACCACUCUGUAUAUGAGUCCAGAACAAAUGGCAGGAAAACCCUAUGGACAAAAAGUGGACAUUUUUUCAUUAGGAAUGAUUCUCUUUGAAAUGCUUUACUCCUUUUCCACUCAGAUGGAAAGGGUUAGAACAUUGAUGGAGAUCAAGAAAAGGAUUUAUCCAGAGGACUUUAAAGUUCAAUCAGAAAAGUAUAAAUUUGUGGAUUGGCUGGUUUCAUUUGACCCCACACUGAGGCCAUCUGCUACAGAAAUUAUGAGCAGCAAACUGUUGGAGAAAUUUCGCGCUCAACAUCCUCCCAAAUCCAACAGAGAUCGUACCAUAUCCUCAAGUAGUAGCGGAUCUUUGAGUGCAUUGCAAACACAUGACUGAUGCAGCCAGAGCACCCAAUGUCUAACAGGCCAAAGCCGACAACACUUCACUCUUCUAGUCACUUUAGCCGAACUGCACAAGCAUUCUCUAAUGCCAUUAAUUCAUUUGACUUUGUGUGGUUGUGUUUCCCUCUCUGUUGGGCUACAGUGGACAAAGCUUUCAGGGAACGGAACAAAAGAGCAUCUGAUCAUAAUGGGAUACAGACAUUCGUUGUAAAUUUUUCAUUUCUAUUGGAUGAGAAUGUUGUGUCAGACAUGCGUUUUGAAUGCAUCACAUUGCUUGAAAUUAAUUUCAUUCACUUUCAUCGUAGUCUGAAAAUCAUGGAUAUGUGUUGUUUGAAAGGGAAGAUAGUUAUGUAAUUUGGUCGUAAAGGGAUCAUGCAGAACAAGCAUUAAAAAGCUUCAAUCAUAGGGCCAUUAAAAUGCUUUCCUUUAGUUCUAGAUUACACUAGCUAAAUUGGGGUAUUGUACCAGAUAAUUUUAAUAAUGAUGUUAUAAACUAUACAUGUAUUUCUGAAACAGAAAUUCACUGAAUCUCAAAGUAUUCAUUUCAUGGUUACAUUUGUAAAUAUAAUCAUUCAAGUAAGGAAAUGCAUGUUUAACUUAUUAGUUAUGCUAGUUAACAUGUACUUUCAUGCAUGUUAACAUUUCUAGUUACCUAUGGGAUACCAAAGUGCUUUCAAAGAAAAAUCUAUUUUUUGCUAAUUUUUUUUGUAACGAAGAAUGGCACGUCUUAGACAUUUGAUUGCGAGUGUGUAUAAAAUGAAAAAUUUGUACGAGUGGUUAAAAUUUUGUGUGCAUACAUGUAUUUCUUUUAUUGAAUUUUUUUUUUUGAAGAAUUAAAAUUGUUGACUUUAUCUUA